CUUUACUAGAGAUUCCAUUUCAAACACCAUCCACACACUAUGUCGUCUGUCUCGUAUGCCCAUGCUGCCGCCGGUUCCACCACCGCUCCAGCAAGCGAAGCCGCUGUUGAAAUCGUCUCUGAAGAAGUUAUUGCGCCUACUGACGAAGCCGAGGUCGCAGGAAUCACCGACGUAGCCACCAAUGAGGUUGAGACCGAGGAAGAAAAGGACGUUAACAAGUUGAAGAACUUGUCGCCAGCGCCGUUGCCAGCCAAGUCUGCAUGGGCGGUUCCAUCCGCGCCAGUCUCGCCAGUGUCAUCCUCUGAUGCCAAGUGGCCAACUCCUGAGGCGGCCCUCAUCGUCGAACAACAGCAAAAUGGAGGUAUCAAGCCAGCGUCCGGGAAGUGGGUCCCAUUGAAAGCCAAUUUGGUCAUUGCCAGCCCUAAAAACAAUGCCAAAACCGCCAAUACCCAGCAGAAGAAGACCAAGACCACCAAGACUAAGACCAAGACUGUAGCACCAAAGAAGAAGGCCCAAGACGAGUCUAAAGACGCAGAGGCGGAGAUCCCAACCGAGGAAGAGGAUAAGUCACGCGCUGCCCAAAAACCGUUUAAGAAAUAUCCUUUCAACAGCAGACAGCAGAACGGGACGUUUGUGCCGUACGCUAAUAGGCAGAGCGGCUUUGCAGGCAAUAAUCGCAGCUACAUCAAUGGUUUGAACAGCAACGGAUACAAAAGCUUCCCCUUCCAGAACAACUACAACUUUGUGCCGUUCAGCCCACACCAGAAUGCCACUUACCACAACAAUACCUACUACAGCAACCCGCAGUACCAGAAUGCAGUGGGCCAGAGCGGCGAUACCGUGGCGUUGUUGACCUACCAGAUCGACUACUACUUUUCCGUCAACAACUUGGCGAAGGACAUCUUCUUAAGAAAGAACUUUACCCUUGAGAACGAGGGGAAGGUGCCAGUAGGCGUUGUGCUCGCGUUUGCCAGAUUGCAGAAGAUUUCCCAGGGCGACAUCGACCAGGUCAAGAAGUGUUUGCUUGCCAAUGCCUUUACGAAUGUCGAGGUUUUUGGUUUGCCAGAGGAGGCCGAAGGGACUGAAGGCGGAGUUGAGUUGGACUUGGACGCUGUAUACUUGAGAGCCAAAGAGAACUGGGAGCAGUGGAUCCUUCCAGUUGAGAACUAGUCUUUCUCACUAUCGUCCUCCGAUCUCCUGAUCUCAAGUCUUUUCCUCCCAAAACCCCAGAUCUUUCUAAUGAAACCUUUCUCCAAUCUCCUCUAUCCCACUCUCCACCAUCUAUCUGUCCCUCCUGUCACUUUGCAUGUUCCUUUCUGCUUGAACGGUUCACCCUAUAGCGAAAGCUUUACCGGUUCUUGCCGAGAUCUCGUCUACCUUAAUCUUCCGAGAGUUUUUGCGAGAGCCGGUGAAGCCUCUGUUGAUUGCGAAACCGUACCUCCCCAAUGCCCUCACAGGCUCAUUUCUAUCCGAGACUAUGUCUUCGAGAUACCCAUAUUGAAAAAAUACCCAAGAAAUCUAAUGUUGCAGAAGGAAGCCGAUUCCCCGGUCGCCUUCUCUUAUGUGUUUAUAGCGUCUUCGGACACCUCUUUUUAUAUAAUUCAGUUUUUUUUUUUUUUUUUUUUUUUCUUACAUGUAUGUUUCAU